AUGUCUCGACCGGACGCGUAUCUGCCACAAUUCACCGGUUUACGCGCCAUCGCGGCUUACUGCGUGUUCCUGCAUCACUACAAGCCCGUCUCGGCGGCACUCUGGCACGGCUGGCCGGCACGGUUCAUUGAAGAGCUUCACAUUGGGGUGUGGAUCUUUUAUGUCCUCAGUGGGUUUCUCAUCUACUACCGCUAUUCAACCGAUUUCGAGCAAUGGUCGCUGGGGCACAUGGGGCAGUAUGCAAGAAACCGCAUCGCCCGAAUCUAUCCGGUGUACUACCUGCUGCUGUUGAUCACGUACCUCGUUUACGAGUUCCCACCUCCUGGGCUGGCCGCCAUUCAGUUGACGCUUACUCAGGGGUUCUUCCCGCAGUAUGCUGCCUCGGGCAUCGCACAAGCUUGGACGUUGACAGUAGAAGAAACGUUCUACUUCACGGCACCGUUGUUGUUCUUUUUCGCCCGACGUUGGACAUUGCUCGCCCCCUGCAUUGUGCUGCCAGCGAUUGGCAUUGCGAUCGAUUACCAACUCGGCACGCCCUUCACGUUGCUGCGAACCCUACUGGGUGCCAUCUUCGCCUUCGCCGCCGGCAGCUUCAUCGCAAAGCACUUCAUGCGAGCGAAGAAUAUGCAGCGGCGCAAGGUACUCGCCUGGGUUACCUAUUCCGGAGUUCUGGCCACCGCGGCUUCCGUGCUGGCGAUGGGUGUUACGAGUGGUCCGUUGAAGCUCGCUAUUCACCUUGUGAUUCUCCCGGCAAUGAUCGCCUGGGCGUUCUGGGGACUGCUAACCGAACGCAGCCUACUGCGGGUGCUCCUCUCCACUCCAUUGCUGGUGUUACUUGGAAGCAGUUCGUACUCGUUCUAUCUCAUCCACCUGGGGGCGACCGCAGACUUGUUUCAGGCGAUUGUCAGCGAUCAGUUAUGGAUCUUAUUCCUUGGUCUGAAUGUGAUUUCGAUCGGGCUCUACAAGCUGGUUGAACGUCCCUCCAAUCGCUGGUUGCGAAAUGUCGGUCGCGACAAGAGCCAAAGCCGCGUUGCUGCCAGCGCAGUUCCGGCCGAUUUCGUCGAUCGGUUACUCGCACGCCUCGGUGCCCCUCGGGUGUUGCUGGGGCUGGCGAUACUCGUGGCUGUGGGCAUAUUCCUUGCGUGGACACCGCUACGAAGCCGCGUGCUCCAAGUGCGGGGCAACUGGCUCAUCACCCAGCAACGUUAUGAGGAAGCCGCCACCGUACUAACAGAAGCCCGUGAGCUGUGGCCCGAGAAUGGAACAGCGACCGUACUCGCUGCGAAAACGGCCUAUCUCCAGGGCGAAUUCAGCACCACGGCAGAGUUGUUAUCCGAUCUGGAAGAAACUAAUCCCGAAGGUGCGGAUGCUCACCUCUAUCACGGCCUGGCACUCAUCGAACUGGGAGAAACCGAAUCGGCUCUUUCCCACUUACGGCAGUCAGUUGAGUUGCAGCCGGGCAAUGUCGAAAGUCGAAACACUCUGGGCGCGCUAGCCAUGCAACUCGGGCGGCUUGAUGAAGCCCAGGAACAAUUUGCGGCUCUAGUCGCGCUUCGCCCCGACUCGGCCGACUUCCGCUGCCAAUUGGCGAGGGUUCUUUUCGCUCGCAAUAAGAACGACCAGGCCCGCGCGGAAGUUGAGAAGGCUAUCGAGCUGGAUCCGGACCAUCAAGCCGCGCAAGAACUACUGCGGCAGAUGAACAGCCAGGCUGUUGAGACAUUCUCGACAAUCUUCAUCCUGCUGCUAUUGGUGGCAAUUGCGCACCACGGCUUGUACGUGUGGAAGGUGGCCGUACUGAAUCAUGACAAAUCGGAGAUGGUCGGGGCGGCGGUCUCACUGCUUGAAGACGGCGGUUACACAUAUGUGGUGGCCAACCCCAAUCAACUCGCCGAGCCGAUCCACAGCCCGCUGAUUGCUCGACCGCCGGGAUAUACGCUCCUGCUGCUGCCCCUGUUGUGGGCCACCAAAGAUAUCUGGUUGGCCACCGUCCUACUCGACAUCGUGGCAACCAUCAUCUUCUACGGUGCUUGGUUCGCCAUUGUGAAUGGACUGGGGCCGACCAUCAGUCGCGCGGCAAAGAUCUUCAUCUGGAUCAUGUGGGCGAUAAUCUGGAGCCCAUUGAUGCAGCUCUCUUCUCCAGAGCUGAUGACCGUGGCUUUGUUCUCAGCCGCCUUGGCACUCACACUUCGCUUUGCGAGUCGGCAACCCCACCCGAUCCGCUUUGGGGUGGCUUCAGGAAUUCUCAUAGGUGCGGUCAGCGCCCUGCGAUUGGCCUACUGGCCUCUGCUGGCGGUGAUUCCACUUUCGCUGUGGUUCUCACAAGCUCGCCGCCCUUCGCAGCGAAUGAUAGUUGGCGUGGGGGUCCACGUUCUUAUCGUCACCCUGAUGUUGGCGGCUGUGCUCAUCUUUCAGCGCAGCGUCACCGGGCAGUUUUUACACCUGCCCGUAGUCCCCGGACUGCAACGCGGCUUUUAUCCCGAUCAGUUGACCUCCAUUUAUCCCUUCCCCACGACCACCAUCGGCGCCGACCUCAUGGUCGAACAGCUACAGUCGAUGCUGGCGCUCCCUGGGGUGUUUACUGAAGUGACGCUGUGGAUCAUCUCGAGUCUUAUUCUCGCCACUGCGCUUUAUCAAUUGGUCGGAAGCUUUCGUAAGUCCGUGCGCGAAGGGUUGCCCGUUGAUUAUGAGGCCGCCACUCGAUGUUUCGCGGUGAUGGCCGUCUCGACUGGGGUUCUCACACUAUUGAUGUUGGCCUACAUGUCGGCGUCCUACCCCGUGCCAGUUGCUCUUCGCGAUGGGCGACUGUGGAUCUCACUGUCGCGAUUCUACGUACCAAUCCUGCCCUUCCUGCUGGUGUAUCUGGCCGCUGUGUUAUUUCCCCCGGCAUCGAUUUCCCGAGGCUCGGCUUUCAAACUGCUGCGUGUUGCCUGUUUCGUUGUGGUCGUUCCAACGAUCGCCCUCGCCGCCGCCUGGCAGGUGCCGUUUUGGUAUCGCACGUUUGGAGAAGGCCCGCCGGUCUCGUAUGCCGAUAAGAGUUCUCGAGCGAUGCUGAACUCGCUACGCCAGAUUGCCGCAUCACAACCGGAGCUGACCACCACGUUGAUCUAUCCGGCCGAAGGUGUGGAACAGCUCGACGAGCAGUCGGUCGGUAUCACCGAUCGCGAUGGCUUUCUCGCCAACCUCGGUCGCAUGACCGGCGUGGGGACGAUGGCCGCGAACUACCUGCCGGUGCUGGGACUAGAUGUGGCCGAGAACAGCCAGCUAUUGAUCUACCGUCCGCACGAACCCCAUACCCGCGAUGGUCGCUGGCUCGCCGACUUCUGUGAUCGGUUCGACGCGACCAAGAUCCCUGCGACAGACGAGUUCGACUGGUACACGCUUGAAUUCAACGAGCAGGUACUAAGACGACUGCCUGAAGUCGAAGCGGUUGGCCUCCUCGAGAUUGCCGCUCGCAGAACGCAAGCUGGAAAGCUUGAUGAGGCCCUUUCGCUGUACCAGACUGCCCUGGCCUGGAAUCCCUUUUUGCUCGACACCCACAUGGGCCUCGGCAAGCUCCUUCUCAAGCAGCAGCGUUUCGCCGAAGCCGAGGCGUCGUUCGCAACUGCCAUCCAGUUGAAGCCCGAUUACGCUGAAGCCUACAAGCAACUUGGUAUCGCCCUGCUUGCGCAGGGUCGGUCUCAACUGGCAGCCCAGAACUUCCGCAUGGCUCUAAUGCUCAACCCAAACGAUGCUGAAACCCGCGAGCGACUUAAGGAGGCUGAAGCAGCGGACGGACAGAGCCCAUAG